AACAUGAUUGAGAUCGUGGUUUUCCGAAUUCGAUCGACUGGUCGUUAACAUGCGCAGAUUUUGAGUCCACCUGCUUCUGCUGCAUCCGGAUCUUUACGGGUCCGGCAUCUUGACGUAUAACCGCCGGUUUCACCGAGCUUGAUUAUACAGCGUGGGGAUCAGCUGAACAUAUAGGAAGUUGUCAUGUCAUCAAAGUGGCCCAUACAACGUGUAAUGAUCCCACAUACUUACGGCAAACAAAUGCAAUGUACACGUAACUCCUCGGUGUCUCUUUCAUCUGAAAUGCGAUUCAGCCAUAACUCAACGGUGUCUAUUCAUUUUUCUAAAUAAAGCCUGUCCGGUUACGCUUAACACCGGCUCCCUGAGGCAAAGCUACUUUGUUCUUUUUGUGGAAGGGACUUGGAUAGCAAAUGUGAAUGUUUGUAAUUGUUCCGUACGACAACGCUGUGGAAUUGUUCCGAACACGGCGUACGCAUCGGCGUGAGAGCAGCGAAGGAGCUUACAGCGGAAUUACACGGGUACCAGGCAAUAGCGGCACUGAACUCGUCGUGACGUCUGUGCCUAGCAACGCAGAGCCCAAAUUGAGUUCCCAAGAUAAUGAAACACCUGACAUUAAUGCAAAUGAGGCUGACAUGCCGGACCAGGCGACCAAUCAGGAAUCAGUUCUGUCUGACGUGGGUCGGUACAGGCGUUCGCGAAUGAAGCGCACAAGUAAAGUGAGGCGCUCUGCCAGCACAAGCAGUGCGGAUAAUUCAUCACGCGCAAGUCUAUCUACAUGUUCAGGCUCGAGUGGCAGCAGCGAUCGUUCAUGUAUAAGUCUGGACAGUGUCGAAGUGAAAUCACUCAGAGCGAUCGCCUUUGCAAAGAAUCCAUCUUCUCUUCCACGUUCUCGUUCCGAGACCAGAUUCGGACCCAAGGCGCGCACCAGACUCUAUAAAAGAUCACUCAGACAUCAAUCUUCAGAUAGUGUUGUUGUAAUCGGAGGAAUGCAUCAAGAGAAUAAAAUCCUCCUUGGCCCGUCAGAUGCAACCAUGUCGACCACAAGCUCCAUUGAGCAAGUGGCAACACCAAAGCCCAAGACCGGCCCUCAUCCAAAGAAGAAGAUGCUUCGCUCACACAGUGAGUCAGCUAUCGAUGUCACUAUGCUUCGCACUGCCAAGAACAACCUUCAAGACUCUACCAGCAAUGUCACUCCCAAGUCAGGCAUUGUUUGCUCCAACGAAGACCUCAUGAAAAUCCUCUCCGAUGCCCGUAAACAAAAGGUGACCAGAAGGCGCAACAACACGAUCGUCUGUCGCCUCGAUGCCACCCCCGAACUACCCCAGGAGCAUGCUUCAACUGGAGAGGCCGAGACAUGCUUGAAUGAGGCUAUAGCUGAAGUAGCACCUCUUCCAAAAAGAUCUUUGGCGUUGCCCGUUAACAGUUCUCCGCGGUCUUGGGCAACCAGGCACCACAGCAUGCGAAUUACCAACAACCACACGGCAGAAGAUCUGAACACCCGCGCAAUGGACUUGCACGACUGGUCUCCUAAACAUGCUUUGAUUAAUUCUAACCAAACCUCUAACGCCAAUGCAAACUUCCCGGCCAAGAUAUUCUCCAGGAGCGAGAAGAGGAACUCUAAUGGGUUCUGCCGGAAUCGUUCCUACCCAACCACCAAUGCCCAGUGCCCCACAGAGCUGGAGCCCAUGCUUGGAGAGGUCGAAAGCGACCAAGACGACAACGGUAACAUAGUGGACACCGAGAGGGUGAACGAGUCAGCACCUGUCAUUAAGAAACACUCGCCUGUUAAAUCUACCCCCAGUCCGGUCAUCACACCUGAGGUUGAAAAUAAGCCCAGCACGAGUACGAGUACAGCACCUAAGACCAUCACGUGUACCGGCUUUGACCCGGAGCUGCUCGGCCAGGCAAUCGAGCGACACCUGGCUAUCGCUAAGGUGAGCCCCACUCAUGAGAACAAACCAGAGAGGAGCCGAUCUGGUUCCAUCAAGAGUAUGUGGACUCAAAACCGAAUCAGUAAUCUUGUGACGCGGUUCCCUUUCCGGAGGGAGAAUUCAACAACGGCAGCAGUGUAAAGCCAAAUUCCUAAACUGCUGUCAUGUAAACAUGUCAAUGUAAAUAAAGGUGUAUUCAUUUCAUGAAUAUUCUGACGUAAAAGAGUUCGGUUGUUCACAUAUUACAUGCUGUGAUAUUCAUCAAUUAAGAAAAAAUACAUAAAGGCUUCGGAGAUUGUUUCCUUUAAUGGGCUGUCGAAAAAAAAUACAUAUGUGAAAUCCUACUAAAUUAAAAAGUUGACUGGCACAAAAUAGCACCAGAAAUACUUAGCAAGUUUAUAUUAUAAACAAAAUAAGCAAAAUGAAAUGUAUAUAUGAAAAAACCUCCAUAUUUAAUGGUAAGUAGAAGGAGAAAAACACUGUAAUAAUGGAGACAUAAAUGAAUACAACGUAUUGGUUGACAGCUAGAUGAAGCAAGGGAAUUUUCGAGUACAACGAGGAAGACUUUGACGCACAUUUCGCACUUAGCUAUAGAAAUAUUUUGAAAAUAUUUUAUACGAAGUCUAAUUACACUAGAAUUAGUAUAACAUACAAUUAAUCUUCAUGAAAACAUAUGAUAUUUUUGCACAGUUCUACUCUGUCACCUCUGUAUAUUUAAUUUAUCGUCGCUGGGUCGAUGCUUAGUAAAAUAAGCUUUUUGUCGAAUUAGGGAAGUGAAUCACUGUAAAUGAUCACGAAUUGCAUUCUUACGCAGUUCAUGUUAUCAUCUAUAAACAAAAAACCAGCAAAAUAAUGACACCAAGAAUCUGCUGGAAAAUACAGGUUUUGACUGAAUACAAUUUGGCACUUUCAAAUGCAGUGCAAUCUCCGACUUAAACAGUGUAUUGCUUUCAAAGAAAUACUUUCUGAUACUUCCGUGUUGUGAUAGAAACUAGCAUCGGCGAUUACACCAACAAAAUAUUUCGUGUCAAAGUAAAACUAAACACCGUUAGUGUGUUGGACUUUUCGUAUCGGUCACAUUUCAUGUGCUUUUGACGAAUUGAUAUUUUAUUUUUUAAACGGUUUAUUGAAAUAAAUUAAUUGUUCUAGUUUCUCACAUAAAUGGACUUGCCAUAUCUGCCACGAGCAAGAUGAACUGUGUUAAUAUUAAUGUUAAACAAUAUUUAAUCCAUUGAAUUCAAAUUAAGGUGUAGGCCUACUACUGAUGGUAUACAUAAUUAUGCCUUUUAGAGCUUGGAGUUUCUCAUUGGAUUUUGGGUGACAUACAAAUGAUACUAUCUGAACUAGCUCAAUGUUUGCUUAAAACCACAACUCUCGUGGCAACAUUUCACAUAAGAAUUAGAAUUUAUCGUUUAGUGGAUACUCGAGACAUCAGUCACUUUUUACUCUUGAAUUGCGUGAUUAGUAGAGUGGGCGACGCGUUAUGAGUGCAUUAAUUACCACUUGUGAGAAAAUAACCACUAACAAUUCAGACACCAAUUGAUUUCAGUCAAGAGAAGGACUUAAACAUUGAUUUACAGGCCGAUGAAUAGCUGUUAUUUAGCAGCAAAUUUGUGUCUUUGUUUGGUAUAUGCAUCCUCACAUAGCCCAAGCAGCGAUGAAAUUCACACGUUUUGCCAUUUUCCUUUGAUAUCUUAUAACUGAAACAAAAACUACGCAAUUGAUGCUCUACUUUUAAUUUCUUUUCCCUUUGCAAAAUACUAGCUUUCUGUCUCCUCGAACUUUCUGUCUGAGGCUAAGGUUUGGUCUUGGCCGGAAAUACGUACGUGCGCACAAGGUCCUAAUAAACCUGUAUAAAGCUGUAGCUGUGAGGUUUUUUGUAAACGGCUUUUACAGCAUGAAAUGGGGACCAAAAUACCCUCAAUGCAAGUAAAUGAAAGCUGUUUUUGAAAAACUGAUACAUCUACAGGAAAAACUGACAGUGGAGCUGAACUUAUAUAUCUGGUAGUUCUGGUAACAGCAGGUACAACAACUUAUGUCAACGUUUUGAUCAAAAUGUUCAUGUCUACAAAUGAAUUCUCUCUUGACUGUUUGAAUGGCUUUAUGAGCAGAGCUAAAUGUGAUAAGCACUUUACUCAUUUUUGCCCUUUUUGUUCCAUCAUGCGGAAUCAAAAAUAGUACUGACAAAAUAUUUUGUAUAAAAUAGUGAUUUUUCUUUUUAAUUUGACAACUAUGAAAUCAGUACCGUGUUAGAUCAUAUCUUAAUAUUGUCAUUAUUGCUAAUGUAUGAUAGUUUACUUACAUUGCAUUUAUUGUCCUGUUUGAUUCAUUAUCUUGGUGUGACCGAGUGGUAGACUGUUUUGCUCAAGUACCCAAUUUUUUCAACCCCAAUGGAAGUCACAAAAAGCAAGCAUUGUACUGCCAUCAGAACAUUUUUGCCCUGUUCAGUGUCAAUCAUAAUUUUUUGUACCAUCAAGGAAGCGUGUACUCUUGCUAUGAACUAUGAAUAAAACAUUGGUAACUGGGUAAAGAAA